AUGAAGAACUUAGGUGGGAUGCUUGCGGAAGCUUAUGCAUCGUGGUCUUCUUCUGUUUCUCAGUGUUGUUCCUCGUUGGCUUCUCACUUUGAUGAGAAGCCUCAUCAACCUAGUAAGCGCUGGAAGAUGCGCCCAAUCCAAACCUCUCAUUCUCUAACUCCUUCAGCCCCUCGACAACAAUUCGAUAUAAUUUAUCAAGAACCUUCAUUCGUUCCACCUCCCACUGCGCCUGGCUCCAAGUCGAGCCCAAGGACAUGUGAUCGGGAGCGGGCUCCAAAGAGGAAGCGGCAUGGUUCCGGACAGAGCAGCUUCUCUGUGAGAAAGCUAUUAUCCCGCCCAAGUUCAUCAUCGCGCAGGCCGCAAAUAUCGGCUCCUACCAAUUUCCGCCACCUGUAUUCGGAGUCCUUUCGUUUCCCGGAUCCCAACUCGGUGCAAGUGAGACCAAGGCCAGCUUCUUUCCGCCCCAUCGAACUCAGCAUAUACAUGUCCCAUAAUCAGCUUUCACCAAUCCUUCCUCACCUUGACUAUCCCACUCCUCCGGUCACACCACCACCGCGCGCACUCACUCUCUCAAGUCACGAUGAAGAUAGCCCGCACAUUGCACACUCACGCAGCUAUUCAUCUAUGUCGUUCCACAUACCCCGAAGACCCAUCAACGGUGGAUCUGUCUUUGAGUCUCCGCGGUCGGAUGACAGCACCCCGCAACGACCCCAGCCAGCCAGAGUCCGGGCUUACACAUCACCAAAUCAGGCAAGCCCUAUGAUGGAAGAUUUGGUGGAAAGAGUUGCGAAUGCUAUGGUGGAACGCGACAGACUGCAAGAGCAGAUCGAGGACGUUAUCGAGAGGCAGAGCAUUUAUGUUAGCAGCCGGCCAUCAACUGCAUACGGAGAGCCAGAAAUGGAGCCCAUGCCGGACAUUCCGGCUUUGCCUCCAAAUGCCCCCUCAUUUAGCGAGCGUCUCAGCGGCGACCGCCCGCAAACUGCACCAUCCCAGACUCCUAUUCGUAUGUCAUACAAGGCCAACUCAUCGCGCAAGGUAGAGGGUCGAAUCCCUCCUCCUCCAUUACCACUGCGCUUACGGCCACCAUUGCGCAAAAAGAAAUCAUUUUCACGAGUUUCUACGUGGCUCUUUCCCGGAGAAGAGUACACACAAGGUGUUGGCUUUAAAUCCGUUACCAAUGUUCCCAAGCCGGUAGUUGAUGACGAUGGCGAGACGGAACGAAGGUGCAGCGUUGAUAGCUUCUCCACAAACUCGGAUUGGACGGUCGAAGAAGAGCAGACAAUACCGACGAGCUUAUCACCAAGCAGCAUCGCAUCUCCAAAAACAAGACUCGAACCGCCCAAGGCGAUCGCAUCCGGGCUACAGUACCCGAUAGUGCUACCGCAAAGGCAAAGCGUUGGAGUUGCGGUCUAA